UAUAUGGCCCUUGAUUGGCAUAAGGGGAUCAGUAGUUGUUUUGUUUUUUUCAACAAGAGCAACAUGAAAUUCUUAGUACUUUUUGCUUUAGCUUUGGCCUCGGCCAAUGCCUUCGAUUUACGUGGCGCUGAAAUUACUCAACGUAAUGUCGUUGUUCCUGUGGUAGAAACUGAAGGACGCAUUACCAACGGCCAGAAUGCUGCCGCCGGUCAAUUCCCCUAUCAAGUUGGUUUGUCUUUGAAACUUAGUGCCACCUCUUCCUCCUGGUGUGGUGGUUCUUUGAUUGGCAACAAAUGGGUUUUGACUGCUGCCCACUGUACCGAUGGUGUUCAAUCUGUUACUGUUUACUUGGGUGCCACUGUACGCACCUCGGCUGAAGUUAAACACACCGUUAGCAAGAGCGAUAUCAUCAUUCAUUCCGGCUGGAAUAGCAAAACUUUGAAGAACGAUAUUUCCUUGAUCAAGAUCCCCUCCACUGCUUAUACUGCCAAGAUUAAGGCUGUUAAAUUGCCCGCCAUUGCCAGCUCUUAUUCCACCUAUACCGGUGAUAAGGUUAUUGCUUCUGGUUGGGGUCGUACCUCGGAUGCCAGUGGUGUUGCUACUAACUUACAAUGGGCCCGUAUGAGUGUCAUCUCUAACACUGCCUGUGCUAAGACCUAUGGUUCUAUUAUCACUUCUUCCAACAUUUGCGUUUCUACUCCUGGAGGUGUUUCUACCUGCCAAGGUGAUUCUGGCGGCCCAUUGGUUUUGGAAUCCUCCAAGGUCCAAGUUGGUUUGACUUCAUUCGGUUCUUCUGCCGGUUGCGCCAAGGGUUACCCAGCUGCUUUCACUCGUGUCACCAGCUAUUUGGAAUGGAUCAAGACCCACACUGGUAUUUAAGUAAAUUAAAUAUUUUUUAAUAAAAUCAUAUUGAACUUUUAAA